AUGAAGUACAGAUUAACAAAUUUAAAACUAUCUAAAAAAUUAAAUCAACCUUUUAUUAACAAUGUUCGUCAUGCAUCAGCGAGUCUUGGACUUUGGGAGUCCAACAUGACAAAUGAAAUCCGUCAUAAAAUAGAAGCCCACUGGAAAGACAAAAUCUUAUCCGAAAAAUCAGAACCCAGCACUGGAGAGAAAUAUUAUGUCUUAUCAAUGUUUCCCUACCCGUCUGGCUCCUUGCACAUGGGCCACGUGCGAGUGUACGCCAUCUCCGACGCAGUAUCUAGAUUCCACCGUUUAAAAGGCCGGGACGUGAUCCACCCGAUGGGCUGGGACGCGUUUGGCCUGCCAGCGGAGAACGCGGCUCUGGAGCGAAAAAUUGACCCACAAGAGUGGACCGAGAGCAACAUCUCCAACAUGAAGGCCCAGUUGAAGACUCUGGGCUGCGACUUCGACUGGGACUGCGAGCUGGCGACCUGCCACCCGGAGUACUACCGCUGGACCCAGGAGUUGUUCCUCAAAUUAUUCGACCGCGGGCUGGCUUACCAGAAGCAGUCAUUUGUAAACUGGGACCCUGUUGAUGAGACAGUGCUCGCUGAUGAGCAGGUGGAUCAGAAUGGAAACUCCUGGAGAUCCGGAGCUAAGGUUCAGAAGAAACUUCUAAAGCAGUGGUUCAUUCGCACGACAGCCUUUGCCAAGUUUUUGAUGAGUGGGCUUGAUGAUCCGAUGCUUAAAGAGUGGCGGGAUAUUAUCAAAAUUCAGAAACACUGGAUUGGAGAGUGCACUGGCACUUCCUUGGACUUUAAACUAAUUACUGACCUACCUGGCAAGCCAGAGAGUUUUAAUGUCUGGACAGACAGGCCGGAGUUUAUUGACCAAGCUAAAUUUGUUGCGGUUUCUAAAGACAAUUUUUUGGCGAAAGCGAAAAUUAAGAAUUUUGAUGAUCAAGAUUUAGAAACUGUGUUUUUAGACGCUACGGUUGUUAAUCCGUUUAAUAAUGAGGAACUUCCGCUCCAACAAAAGCGUCAACAGGCAAUGCAAAAAGCUCGAGAGUGGAAAAUCGGAGGCUAUGAGGUCAGUCCAACAUUAAGAGACUGGUUGAUCUCACGACAAAGAUACUGGGGCACACCAAUUCCAAUAAUCCACUGCAAAUCCUGUGGAACUGUUCCAGUUCCACGAGAACAGUUACCCGUAACAUUACCAAAGAAACUGACCUCAGACAAGGGGAUUCCCAAUUUGCGGCAAGCUGUUGACUGGCUGAAGACUUCCUGUCCAAAAUGUGGAACCGAAGCGUUCAGAGAAGCGGAUACUAUGGACACUUUUGUUGAUAGUUCUUGGUACUUUAUGAGAUACAUUGACGUAAAAAAUACCUCCGAGAUGUUUUCGAAGGAAAAAGCGAAAAAGUUUUUGCCGGUGGACUUGUACAUUGGCGGAAAAGAACACGCAGCGCUGCAUUUGUACUACGCGAGGUUCGUUAAUCAUUUUUUGCACUCAGAAGGUUUAUUGCCGACGAGGGAGCCGUUCAAGCAGCUGCUGGUCCAGGGGAUGGUCAUGGGCAAGAGUUUCAGGGUCAAGGGCAGCGGAAAGUAUCUCAAGAGCGAGCAGGUUGAAAAGGUGGGCAAAAAUUUUGUUGAGAAAGAAACAAAGUUACCUGUUGUGGUCACUUGGGAGAAGAUGUCCAAGUCCAAGUACAAUGGGGUUGAUCCUAUGGAGAUGUUUAGGGAGUAUGGCGCUGAUACUACCAGGCUGAUUAUGCUCGCGGAUGUUGCUCCUACUUCUACGUUCCAAGGAAUUUUCAAUUGGCAGCAGAGACUAUGGCUAACGAUUCGACAAUUUUUAAAACGUCGCGAGAAUAUAUCGCUGGAAGAAGUCGCAAACACCCCAACGAAAGAAGAAUUUAUAAAAGACGACGCGUAUCUCUGCAACAGCAGGAACUAUUACGUAAAAGGCGUGACAUUUAACAUAAUAGGAUCCCAGCAACUGAGUGUCGCUAUUUCCAAAAUGCAAGGACUGACCAACAGCAUCAGGAAAGUGUCUCUCAACUGCCUGACUCACAGUCCUGAGUACGAAAAAACUCUGGGUACGCAAAUAAUAAUGCUGGCGCCCAUCGCUCCAAGGUUCGCUUCAGAAUUGUGGAGCGGAUUUUGCUCAGCUAAGUAUUUCUUGGCAGAAGAUUUUUUUAUGAGAGACAAAGACGUGCUUCAGCAAAAAUGGCCGGUUGUUGAUAGCGACUUUGAGCUGGAUCUUGAUGUUGUUGUUAAUGGAAUGCAAGUAGAUCUCCUGAAGAUAAAAAAAUCUAUUUUAGACCAACUAACAGCAGAAGCUGCUGCAGAUUUAGCUCUUCAAUCACCAGGAGCUAAGAAACACAUUAAAAACAGAGAAAUUUUGGGGUUCAAGUAUUACUACGAGCAAAAUUGUGAUGGAAAAGUUUCAUUUAAAGUGGCUAUUAAACCCGCUAGUGUUAAAGUUGAAACUAGUUUGUAA